CAUUAUACUUGCACAGCACAAGAUAGAAGAAAGCAACCUCUCAGUUUUUGUUCCUCGUUGUUUUCUACUUUGUUUAUAUCACUCACUGGAUCAUCAUGUCCUCGUUUGAGUCUAACGUUGAGCUGAGAAGAUACAACUCGAAUCAGACCAACACGUCCUACCAGCAGCAGCAAAAUGGAGCCCCUUCCGACGUUCACUCCUUAGCAGAUCCAACAUCAGUUGGUACGCCUGUCUACGACAGUGUCCCUGGAGAGAAACAGCGUCCUCCUCCCUUACCAGAGGCCCGUAAGACCACCUCUAAUACAAUGUACGCAACAAGAGGUGAUACACUUCAUCCCACUAGCACGAUGCUAGAGAUGAAUCCACCGGAAUACUCCAGUGACGGGCUUGAAGCUGAGAUUGACUACAUGUCUUCUAAGUGUCUGAGGGUCACCUGUCUUUCUAUCCUCGUCAUGAUUAGCUUGUUCCUGGCCAUAGUGGCGGUGGUAUUGGUCCUUUUGUUAUGGUUCGGGGUCUAUGGUCCCGCUGCUGAAGCGUGUUCAUCAUCAGGUACAUCAAAUUCAAACCAGGCAGUAACAGGAGGAGCUUAUACAACCACAAUUGUACCCACACCUUCUUCUCCUUCACAAUGUCUUUGUCCUACUCCUGAUUUGUCUCCAAUUAAAGCACAAAUUGAACAAGAAGCAGCCAAUCUGACAGAGCUAAUAAGAGAUAUUACUUUUGACAUCUCUCUCAUUGAGCAGAAUAAUAACAAUACUGACCGGUCAUUAGCCUCUCAGUCUUCAUUCAUCAGUAGCACAGUCUCCGAUAUUAACUCAACUUGCUAUGAAGCUCUGGCCAACUUGACGGCUCAAAACGUCUCUCUUGCUGGAUUGGAAUUUGAGGCCGAGCUGAGGAAUGUGGGCGUGUAUAGCUCAUGUAUCUAUGAGUACCUGUCCAACUGCUCUAUGCCUACUGAUGUAUCCAACUGUACAACUGGAUAUCAUGAUGUCAUUGUAGAUGGCUAUUAUAAUUUGGAUCUUGCCUGCCAUAUUGAAGUUUCAGGAAGUAAUGCUUUGCUUUUUGCUCCUCUUACUAACCUAAGAAUGACAGCACGUUCGGGAGAGACUAUCCAAUCGGGUGACUCUGCGUCCGUUAGAUUAGCCAAGUCUGAAGUUAGAUGCGAGUGUGCUUUGGUGCCUCUCUAUAAUGGUGCUACAAGGGUUAAUGACGUCUAUUGUUCGGUGUUUCGUUCCCGAUGUCCCGUUACCAGUAACUUUGAGAAUGUUAUCAUCAUCACACCAUGAAGACAGCACCAUAAAACAACCAUUACAUUAUAAACUUAUCGUGUGCAUGUGUGUUUGUGUGUGUACCUAUUAUUGAUAAUUGUAGUUGCUUACGAAUUAUUCUAUCGAUUUUAUGUAUGUUCUCUACCGUUUGUUUUUCAAAAUAAAUAUAUAUAAUAGUA